AUGUCUUUGACCUCUAUCACCAGAUCUAUCGCUCGCCGCGGACUUGCGACCGUCGCCGACGUCGCACCAGCAGCAGCAGCACCAGCAAGGAAGAAGCAGCGAGUGUUGCCGCUAUUGCAUCACACCCCAGAACACGCCCACGAUAGGAAGCAGCUUCCUGUACGGCCAGGUCUCCUCGCCAUCAAGCGUGGUAUGACUGCGUUGUGGGACGAACGCGGAAACCGCAUCCCUGUCACCAUCCUCCAAUUCGACCGUUGUCAAGUGACCGCCGUCAAGACUCGCCAGAAGGAAGGUUACUUCGCUGUCCAAGUCGGUGCAUCCUACCGCAGCCCAAAGAACGUCACAAAACCUAUGCUCGGCCACUUUGCCAAGGCUGAAGUGGCGCCGAAGAAGAAGGUGAAGGAGUUCCGAGUCAAGGAUGAGUCGGGUCUUCUCCCGAUUGGAACUUUGUUGGGUGCAGACUUCUUCAAGCCCGGAAACUACGUGGAUAUCAGGGGUAUUGGUAAGGGUAAGGGUUUUGCCGGUGUCAUGAAGAGACACGGUUUCUCGGGUCUGCCGGCGUCUCACGGUGUGACUAAGUCGCAUCGUUCUGCUGGUGCGAUGGGUAACAACCAGGAUCCCGGACGUGUUUGGCCCGGUAAGAAGAUGGCUGGUCGUAUGGGAGGAAAGCAGAUUACAACGCAGAACGUGCAGGUCAUGAAGAUUGAUCUGGAGAACCAGACGAUCUUGGUUAAGGGUCAUGUUCCUGGAAACGAUAAGGCUUUCGUGCAGGUGCAGGAUUCCAUCAAGAAGAAGUUGUUGGAGAUGCCGGAGGACCCGUUGAAGGUGAAUGUGGAGGAGAAGUCGGCGUAA